AUGGUAGUCGCUCAGAAGCUCAAGGAAGCUGAGAUCACCGAGCAGGAUUCGCUCCUUCUGACUCGGAAUUUGCUCCGAAUUGCGAUCUUCAACAUCAGUUACAUCAGAGGCCUCUUUCCUGAGAAGUAUUUCAACGACAAAUCCGUUCCUGCUUUGGAUAUGAAGAUCAAGAAGCUUAUGCCUCUGGAUGCUGAAUCUCGCCGAAUGAUUGACUGGAUGGAGAAAGGUGUCUAUGAUGCGCUGCAGAGGAAGUAUUUGAAGACGCUCAUGUUCUGCAUCUGUGAAACAGUAGAUGGUCCCAUGAUUGAGGAAUACGCAUUUUCUUUCAGCUAUUCAGACUCUGACAGUCAGGAUGUCAUGAUGAACAUCAAUCGGACUGGAAACAAGAAACAAGGAGGAACUUUUAACGCAACUGCUGACAUUACGCCAAACCAAAUGAGGAGUUCAGCUUGCAAAAUGGUUCGCACACUAGUUCAGUUGAUGAGGACUCUUGACAAAAUGCCAGAUGAGCGUACCAUAGUGAUGAAGCUUAUGUACUAUGAUGAUGUGACGCCACCAGAUUACGAGCCACCGUUCUUCAGAGGCUGUACAGAAGAAGAAGCUCAGUAUGUAUGGACAAAGAACCCUCUGAGAAUGGAAGUUGGGAAUGUUAACAGCAAGCAUCUCGUGUUAACGUUAAAGGUCAAGAGUGUGCUUGAUCCUUGUGAGGAUGAAAAUGAUGACAUGCAAGAUGAUGGGAAGAGCAUAGGACCUGAUUCUGUACAUGAUGACCAGCCUUCUGAUUCAGAGAGCGAGAUCAGUCAAACACAAGAAAACCAAUUCAUUGUGGCUGCCGUAGAGAAACAAGAUGAUGAUGAUGAUGGAGAGCUGGAUGAAGAUAACACACAGGAUCCGGAUGAAAAUGAACAUCAGUUAGCAAGGGUGAAGGAAUGGAUCAACUCCCGUCACCUCGAUACUGUGGAGCUCACAGAUGUUCUUUCAAACUUCCCAGAUAUCUCAAUAGUUCUAUCUGAAGGUAAUCAAAUGCUUGAGUUUCUGUAA